AUGUGUGAAAUAUUAAAUUACAUCUAUAGUGGCAAAGUUGAAAAUCUUGAAUCGAAUACUCUUGAGUUAUUAGCUGCUGCAAAUAGAUUUGAUUUGAAUGGACUGAAACUUAUGUGUGAAAACAAUUUCCUCCAUGGAUUAAAUAUUUCCAAUGCUUCAAGCCUUUUGUUGACAGCAGAUGAUCACGAUGCCAGCACAUUGAAAAUAAAGGUCAUGGAGUAUAUUGCUUUGAAUGUAGCACAAGUGACGGAAACAGCAGGAUAUAAAAAGCUAAAAGCUACAAGACCAGAUUUGAUUGUUGAAAUCUUCAGCUCAAUGAAAAAAUUUCCGCGAUUGUCGAAUUCCGGCGCUUUUGAAGAGGCAGGAAUGAUUCCUUACUUUCCAGAUUCCGGAGAUUGUUUGGUCGUUAAAUUGCCAGUACUGAAAGACUUUAGCUUUGAUUUCACCAAAAACAUCAGCCAGUACGUUUGGUUUACCAAUGUUACUGGAGUAUUAGGAUCCCCAAUGAUUUAUUUUUACAACCCGGAACAUAGUGAGCUGGGAAAAGAUAGUAUGCGCUUCUGCUUCCAAAAGGCUUAA